AAUCAACACGUCGUUCUUUUUUUCUCUUAAUAAUAACUACCGACAGCUUUCUGGGCCUUUACACAGAAAGGCGUCGUUCACUCACUGCUAACAAUAAUGCGGUCUGCUGUUUUCCUGCUAGCGCUGAUUGCCCCCUCGCUGGGCAUGGUGGUGCAGCAGCAGCAACAGCACUCGUGUACCAAGUCUAAACAACCGGCUGUUACGCACCCUGCAUUGACGGCUGCUCCGAGACAGACCUCGCCUGCUGUCGUUGCCAAUGGCAGAUGUGGUCCUGCAUUUGGGGGAAAGACGUGCACUGGGAGCCGGGCGGGGAAGUGCUGUAGUAAAAGUUCGUACUGCGGCUCGACUUCUGAUCACUGUGCCGCCGAUCAAUGUCUAAAGGGAUAUGGCAAGUGUGAUGAGCCUGUGGGUGCUGGAUAUGGGAGAGUCAGUCGAUCGUCUCCUCCAGUUUCUCCAACGACUAUCCAGUCCAGCUGCACUGGCUCGAGCACUAAGACGAGUGUGAGGCCUAGCUCUUCUGCGCCAGUAGUGACGUCGAAGAAUGUCAAGUCUAGCUGCACUGGAUCGAGCACCAAGUUGAGUGUGACACUUAGCUCCUCUGCAGUGGUGAUUACUCCGACCCCUGUUAUUUUGGUUUCGACCUCUUCCUCAGCACUGUACUCGGUCAUUGUUGAAGUCAAGUCUUCAUCUAUUGAGUUUCAGCCAUCAUCUGUCCAGGUACUCCCAUCAUCGUUUGUUGAGGCACUGUCAUCAUCUCUGGUUGAGCUACAGUCGUCAUCCAUGGAAAUCCAACCAUUGUCUGUCGUUUCAUCCAUGCCUUUGCCAGCGAGCUACACACCUACUCCCGAGCCUACGCCUGAACCAACGCCUGAACCAACGCCUGAACCAACGCCUGAGCCUUCUCCCGAACCAACGCCUGAUGUUUCAAGCACUCUAGCUGUUGUGUCUUCUCCUAGUCCUUCCCCGUCGACAUUCAGCACAAUUACGAUCAGCGUCUCCCCUUCUCCUUCCCCAGCUCCAAGUGGUCUAUGCGAUGGCACCCCUUACACAGCAAACUCUGGGCAUGUAGUUCCGCACUAUCAGUCCUAG